CGCCUUCCUCGUACGAAAAAACAGAAUUUCUCAAUCUUAAUUGCUAGGGUUUCUCUUUAUCCCUUUCUGCCUUUGUGCAUACGCUUCCCACCGACUUCCUUUUAAUCUGUACUGAUAUCCUAAUUGCGAGUAAUUUUUUUUUUUUUUUCGAUUGCCGAUUCCGGAUAUUCUUGUUGCUACAAUUAAAUUCUUGCGACUCUGAUCGGUAAAAGGAUGCCACCGAGAUCGACGAAGAAAACUCCGCCGGGGCCGGGGAGCAAGAGAGCACUGCGGGGACGAGCGACUGCGGCGGCGGAGAAUGCUCAGGCGCAGGCCGUGCCCGAGGAACCAAAAGUGAAAAUGGAGGAGAUUGCUGGAAGCGAGAUGGAGCAGAAGGCCAGCGCUGAGGAUAAAGUUGCGCUAGAGACCGUACUGACCUCUGUGAAGAAGGAUGGAGAUUCUAAAGAGUCCGUAGAUGAGUAUGAGAAAGAUGAGCGGUUAGACUUGGAGGAUAAUGAUCCUGAAUAUGAACCUGGAGAGUACUGUGGUGUUGAUUACGAUGACAAGGAAAUUGAGCCAGACACUCGUGAAUAUGUAGGUGAAUUGGAGGAAGAUGAUCCUAAAGAAUUGGAUGUUGGUAAAGAAGAUGGUGAUGUGUUCGAGGAGGAGUUUGAUAGUAUCCAUGAAGAGAUUGAAAAUGAGGAAGAUUAUGAGCAUGUAGGGCAGGAGCAAUCUGAGAUGGGUUAUGCUGAGGAAGAAGAACAUCACGAAGUAUUCAAAGAGAGGCGUAAGCGGAAGGAAUUUGAAAUUUUCGUUGGUGGAUUGGAUAAGAAUGCUACUGAGGCUGACCUCAGGGAAGUUUUCAGUAAAGUUGGUGAGGUUACUGAAGUCAGACUUAUGAUGAAUCCACAAACAAAGAAGAAUAAAGGUUUUGCAUUCUUGCGUUUUGCAACGGUGGAACAAGCAAGGCGAGCUUGUGCUAGUCUGAAAAAUCCAGUGGUUUGUGGCAAGCAGUGUGGUGUGACACCAAGCCAAGACAGUGAUACCCUGUUUUUAGGUAACAUAUGCAGGACAUGGACAAAGGAAGCUUUGAAAGAGAGGUUAAAGCAUUACGGCCUUGAAAAUGUUGAGGAUUUGACACUGGUUGAAGAUAGUAACAAUGUAGGGAUGAAUCGGGGUUUUGCCUUCUUAGAGUUCUCCACGAGAUCUGAUGCUAUGGAUGCUUUUAAGCGUCUACAGAAGAGGGAUGUUUCGUUUGGAGUGGAUAGGCCAGCUAAGGUUUCCUUUGCAGAUUCUUUCAUUGACCCUGGUGAUGAGAUCAUGGCCCAGGUUAAAACUGUGUUUGUGGAUGGUCUUUCUGCUUCUUGGGAUGAUGAACAUGUCAAGGAACUUCUCAAAAAAUAUGGAGAGAUUGAGAAAGUUGAGCUUGCCCGUAAUAUGCCAUCUGCCAGGAGAAAAGAUUUUGGUUUUGUCACAUUUGAUACCCAUGAUGCAGCAGUAACUUGUGCUAAAAGCAUCAACAAUGAGGAAUUGGGUGAAGGUGCAAGCAAGGCUAAAGUCAGGUCCAGAUUAUCGAGACCUCUUCAGAGAGGCAAAGGAAAACAUAUUGCCAGAGGAGAUUUCCGGCCUGGGCGUGGGUCAGUUCGAAGGGCUAGGAAUCCUUGGAGCCGCCCAUUACCACGUGCCAUCCCUGUUCGUGCCCCCAGAAUUCCUCCUCAUCUUCCUCCUGUCGUCGACCGUAGUUUCAGAAGGCCUGUUACCGUGCGAGAGAGGAGACUGGUCAUGGAUGUUCCUCAAAGGGCCAGGCCUGCUGCUCCCUUGCCAAGGUCCUAUGAUAGGAGGCCACCUGUUCCAUCAUACCCCAAGAGUGGUUUGAAGAGGGAUUACAGUCACAGGGAGGAGCUUAGCUCCAGAAGUAGGGUUGCUGCUAUAGAUUAUAAUUCAAGAGCAACUUCAGAUAGACGCGCCCCCUACAGAGAUGAUUAUCCUCCUCGUCCAUCUGGCUACCCUGAUAUGCCUAGAGGUGGUACAGCGAGAUCUACUGGAAGAAGACCUUAUGUUGAUGAUGGGUAUAAUGAAAGAUUUGAAAGGGCACCUCCAUCUUACCAUGAGGGACGUGAGCGUGAGUAUGAUUCUAUGUCUGGGUCCAAACGCCCAUAUGCUUCAGUGGAUGAUGUUCCUCCCCGAUAUAGUGAGGCCGGAAUGCGCCACUCUCGUGCUCGUUUGGACUAUGAUCUUGGUAGCAGUGCUUCCCGCUACACCGAUGCUUACAGUGACAGGCUUGGAAGGUCAGAUAUGGGAUAUGAGGGAAGUCGAAGCUCUAUGUCUAGUCAAGAUUCUCAUGGGCUAUAUAGUAGUCGUCAGGGUAUUGGUUACAGUGGAGGUUCUUAUGGUGGCAGUGAUGUUGGUCGUAUGUACUCGUCAAACUUUGGUGGGGAUUACAUGUCACGAGGAAGUGAUGUUGGUGGCAGCUCUUACUCGUCUGUCUAUCCUGGACGUGGUAUGGGUGGUAGCAGCUACAUGGGAAGUAGCGGGUCUGGAUCAUACUAUUAGGGCAUGCAACCAGUGAGUGGAAUUAAGAGGAUGCAGCUGUAGGAUGUGGAUGGUCUGAAGUUGUAAAUGGAAUUAAGAGGAUGCAGCUGUAGGAUGUGGGAUGGUCUAAAGUUUGAAAUCAGUCCUCACCAUCAAGUUGAAGCAUUCUUUUUGGACAUGAAAAAACCUCCAUGGCUUUGAAGGGAGACUCAAGUACAGUGUUCAGAGCAAUUAGGUGCUAUGGACCUCCUUUAAGACCUGGUUUGGAUUUGUGUGAUCCUGUUUAUUGUAUGUAUGUAAGGACUCAGAACCAUAAGGAGACAUAUUCAGCAUGUCAUAAUUUAUAGUAAUAAUGUGCUUUCCAACUGUCUCCCUAUUGUUUCAUAUGAAGAAAUGGAAAGAAACUUUCUCUGUUCUGUGGGCGUAGAAUUUGGACAAAAGCAUUGAGGUCAGAUGCUUGUAGUAAUUGAUUGUUGCAUUUUCUGUUACUAUGCUCAAGUUCCUGAAAGAGUAAAGGUGGUGUUAUGCUUAUACAGCAGUUCCAUGGUAUUCUUUUAAUUUUCUUAUAUUUGGAGGGUCAGCAGAUAAUGGAAAUGGCGAUUGGUGCACUGUUUUGGGAAAUGAGAUAAGAGAUGUGAAACAUUGGGGCUGCAUUAUGUUGCAAUAUUCAGAAAGGAGGGUUGAGUGGGCAUUGUUAUGAGUAUGAUAAGAUUGCCUUAUGGAUAUGGUUAAAUUAUGAAACAGGGAUGUGGUUUGAAGUCUGUCAAAUUUUCCAUUUCAUGAAAUGUUUCAAGUUAAAUUUGCUUAUCCUCAGGAGAAGUUAUCUUGGAAAAAUUUGGUAGAGAUCUAUUGAUCGAAUGGCAAUUUAGCCACCAUGCAAUGAACUAUACUUAAGAGUUGUAGGAGUGAAUUGAUAUCAUUUGGUUUUGAAUUAUUUUGCCCUCUGUUUACUUGUUGCCCUCAAGUGCCAGUUACUCAAAUCAAUGUGGUAAAGGAAUACUUAAAUAUGAUUUGAUCACAUAUCCUGUAGGCAGGCUGUAGGUUGGGAAGCUUUCCUUUACCAUCUCCAUUGGUGAACAGGUUUGUGAUAGUGGUACAUGUUAUUCGACAAGUUGAUUGCCGUAGUACUUGGUUCGUUUGGUAGACGACUUUAUAACUAACAAUUGCAUUUCUUCUUAGCCUUUUCCUUGCGACUAAUCCCCAAUGGAAUGAGUUGAGAUGUAUGGAUGGAUGUCUUACAGUUGAAUUAUUGUUGUGUUUUCCUGAUAGAUUGUCAAUUGCUGUUUUCUAAUGAUUUGCAUAUGACACCAGUUACUGACAUGUUUUUUGUGUUAAAAGUCAUUAUAUCCCUUGUACAUGAGGUGCACUUUCCUGCAUUAGAUGCAAAAAACAAGAUUGCAACGAGGAGCAGCUCUGGAUUUGGGAGCUCUUGAUAUAGCUGAACCCAGUCUUUUGGUGUAUUUUGCAGUUUUGUUUUCAUGUAAGAAAUUACGAUAGAAAUGUAAAUUUGUAGUACUAUUGUUGAAUGAUUCCUAUUAUGAAUAGAUGAAUACUUGAUAAAUUUGAACUUA